AUGGCAGAGGCCCGCCCGAGGGGCUGGCUGCUCUGGGUGCUGCUCCUGCAGGCGGCCCAGGCCCAGCCGUACACGCCCAUCCACCAGCCCGGCUACUGCGCCUUCUACGACGAGUGCGGGAAGAACCCCGAGCUGUCGGGGGGCCUGGCGACCCUGGCCAACGUGUCCUGCCUGAACAACACGCGCGCCCCCCGCGUCACGGGUGACCACCUGGCCCUGCUGCGGCGCGUCUGCCCUCGCCUCGACGCCGGCCCCGACGCCACCUUCGCCUGCUGCUCCCAGAAGCAGCUGGUGUCGCUGGAGGCCAGCUUGGCGGUCACCAAGGCGCUGCUGACCCGCUGCCCCGCCUGCGCGGACAACUUCGUGAGCCUGCACUGCCACAACACCUGCAGCCCCGACCAGAGCACCUUCAUCAACGUGACGCGGGUGGCCGCGCGGGGGGCCGGCCAGCCCCCGGCCGUGGUGGCCUACGAGGCCUUCUAUCAGCGCAGCUUCGCCGAGCGGACCUACGACUCCUGCAGCCGGGUGCGCAUCCCCGCGGCCGCCACACUGGCCGUGGGCGCCAUGUGCGGGGUCUACGGCUCCGCCCUCUGCAACGCCCAGCGCUGGCUCAACUACCAGGGCGACACGAGCAACGGCCUGGCCCCGCUGGCCAUCACCUUCCACCUGUGGGAGCCCGGCCAGGCCGCAGGGAGCCCCAUGCAGCCCCUGGACGGGGAGCUCACCCCCUGCAACCAGUCCCAGGGCGGGGCGGCCGCCUGCUCCUGCCAGGACUGCGCGGCGUCCUGCCCGGCCAUUGCCCAGCCCGAGGCCCUGGACGCCACCUUCCGCCUGGGCCGCCUGGAGGGCUGGCUGGCCCUCAUCCUCAUCCUGUGCUCCGUCCUGGCCGUGCUCGCGGCCUUCCUCGUGGGCACCCGCCUGCUCUCCAGGACCCGGGACCCCAAGGCCGGGCCCAGCUUCGCCAACACGCUCAGCCUCUCCACCCACACCUUCCUCAGCGCGUGCUUCGAGGGCUGGGGCACCUGGGUGGCCUCCUGGCCGUUGACCGUCCUGCUGGUGUCCACGGCCGUGGUGGUGGCCUUGGCCGGAGGGCUGGCCUUCACGAAACUGACCACAGACCCCGUGGAGCUGUGGUCGGCCCCCAACAGCCAGGCCCGGCGGGAGAAGGCGUUCCACGACCAGCACUUUGGGCCCUUCUUCCGCACCAACCAGGUGAUCCUGACGGCGCCCCACCGGCCCAGCUACCAGUACGACUCCCUGCUGCUGGGGCCCAAGACCUUCGGGGGGGUGCUGGGCACGGACCUGCUGCUGGCGCUGCUGGGGCUGCAGGAGCGGCUGCGGCACCUGCAGGUGUGGUCGCCCCAGGAGCAGCGCAACGUCUCCCUGCGGGACAUCUGCUACGCGCCCCUGAACCCCAACAACGCCAGCCUCUCCGACUGCUGCAUCAACAGCCUGCUGCAGUACUUCCAGAGCAACCGCACGCGCCUGCUGCUCACCGCCAACCAGACGCUCACGGGGCAGACGGCCCAGGUGGGCUGGCGGGACCACUUCCUCUACUGCGCCAACGCCCCGCUCACCUUCAAGGACGGCACGACCCUGGCCCUGAGCUGCAUGGCUGACUACGGGGCCCCCGUCUUCCCUUUUCUCGCCGUGGGGGGCUACAAAGGGAACGACUACUCGGAGGCGGAGGCCCUGAUCCUCACCUUCUCCCUCAACAACUACCCUCCCGGGGACCCCCGGCUGGCCCAGGCCCGGCUCUGGGAGGGGGCCUUCCUGGAGGAGGUGCGAGCCUUCCAGCAGCAGAUGGCCGGCACGCUCCAGGUCACCUUCAUGGCGGAGCGCUCCCUGGAGGACGAGAUCAGCCGGACCACAGCCCAGGACCUGCCCAUCUUUGCCAUCAGCUACCUGGUCAUCUUCCUGUACAUCUCCCUGGCCCUGGGCAGCUACACCAGCUGGCGCCGCAUCCCGGUGGACGCCAAGGUCACGCUGGGCCUGGGCGGGGUGGCCGUGGUGCUGGGCGCAGUCAUGGCCGCCAUGGGCCUCUUCGCCUACCUGAGCGUCCCUUCCUCCCUGGUGGUCCUGCAAGUGGUGCCUUUCCUGGUGCUGGCCGUGGGGGCAGACAACAUCUUCAUCUUCGUCCUGGAGUACCAGAGGCUGCCCCGGAGGCCUGGGGAGCGGCGGGAGGCGCACAUCGGCCGGGCGCUGGGCAGCGUGGGGCCCAGCAUGCUGCUCUGCAGCGUCUCCGAGGCCGUCUGCUUCUUCCUGGGGGCCCUGACCCCCAUGCCUGCUGUGCGGACCUUUGCGCUGACCUCUGGCGUCGCCCUGAUCCUGGACUUCCUGCUGCAGAUGUCGGCCUUUGUGGCCCUGGUGUCCCUCGACAGCAGGAGGCAGGAGGCCUCGCGGCUGGACGUCUGCUGCUGCCUGCGUGCCCAGGAGCUGCCCCCGCCCGGCCAACGCGAGGGGCCCCUGCUCCGGUUCUUCCGCAAGGUCUACGCCCCUUUCCUGCUGCACCGGGUCACCCGCGUGGUCGUGGUGCUGCUGUUCCUGGCCCUGUUCGGGCUGGGCCUCUACUUCAUGGGCCACAUCAGUGUGGGGCUGGACCAGGAGCUGGCCCUGCCCAAGGACUCCUACCUGCUCGACUAUUUCCUCUUUCUGAACCGCUACUUUGAGGUGGGGGCCCCGGUCUACUUUGUCACCACCGGGGGCUACAACUUCUCCAGUAAGGCGGGCAUGGACAACAUCUGCUCCAGCGCCGGCUGCGAGAGCUUCUCCCUAACCCAGAAGAUCCAGUACGCCACCGAGUUCCCCGAGCAGUCUUACCUGGCCAUCCCUGCCUCCUCCUGGGUGGACGACUUCAUUGACUGGCUGACACCAUCCUCCUGCUGCCGCCUUUACGCCUUUGGCCCCAACAAGGACCAGUUCUGCCCCUCGACUGUCACCUCGCUGGCCUGCUUGAAGAGCUGCGUGAGUCUCACCCUCGGGCCUGUGCGGCCCUCGGCGGACCAGUUCCACCAGUACCUGCCCUGGUUCCUCAGCGACCCGCCCAACAUCAAGUGUCCCAAAGGUGGCCUGGCAGCAUACAGCACCUCCGUGAAGUUGGACCGCGACGGCCAGGUUGUGGCCUCGCGCUUCAUGGCCUACCACAAGCCCCUGAAGAACUCGCAGGACUUCACGGAGGCUCUGCGGGCAGCUCGGGCCCUGGCCGCCAACAUCACCGCCGACCUGCGGAAGGUGCCGGGCACCGACCCGGCCUUCGAGGUCUUCCCCUACACGAUCACCAACGUGUUCUACGAGCAGUACCUGACGGUGGUCCCCGAGGGGCUCUUCAUGCUCAGCCUCUGCCUGGUGCCCACCUUUGCCGUCUGCUGCCUGCUGCUGGGCAUGGACCUCCGCUCCGGCCUCAUCAACCUCUUCUCCAUCAUCAUGAUCCUGGUGGACACCGUGGGCUUCAUGGCCCUGUGGGGCAUCAGCUACAACGCCGUGUCCCUCAUCAACCUGGUCACGGCAGUGGGCAUCUCUGUGGAGUUCGUGUCCCACAUCACCCGCUCCUUCGCGGUCAGCACCAAGCCUACGCGGCUGGAGCGGGCCAAGGAGGCCACCAUCUCCAUGGGCAGUGCGGUGUUUGCCGGCGUGGCCAUGACCAACCUGCCGGGCAUCCUCAUCCUGGGCCUGGCGAAGGCCCAGCUCAUCCAGAUCUUCUUCUUCCGUCUCAACCUCCUCAUCACUCUGCUGGGCCUGCUGCACGGCCUGGUCUUCCUGCCGGUCGUCCUGAGCUACCUGGGGCCCGACACCAACAUGGCUCUGGUGCUGGAGAAGAGACGGGCGGAGGAGGCGGCCGCGGCCAGGACGGCCUCCUGUUCAAAGCACUCCCUCCCCGUGAGCUGGGCCAACGGCACCUACGUCAACCACGGCUUCCAGCAUCCUGCCGAGAGUGGGGACGGCCUCGGCGGCCCUCCCCCCCAGUGA